CUGCUGAGCAGCCCUGCGCUGGUCUCGCGCCCGUCUCCCCCCCUUCACCAUGACAACGACAGAUUUCUAGCAUCGUCAGAGGACACGCCGCUGGCUCCUGAUUUAGAGACGGAUAUUAUGUAAAAUACCGUAUGUUAUAGGUGUAUUAGGGAUAUUUAUUUCAUGUAGAACGGUAACAUCUGCCGUGUGGACCCGCAUGAGUCGGACACCAUCCGGAGGCAGCGGAGGAAGACGCCGUAACUGCGUGAACAACAACAUGGCUCUCCUUCAGCAUCCCCGGCUGCUGCUCGCCUGUGUUGUGUUGUUGACCGCAGCCCAACGUACCCACACUCGCUCUUUGCCAAUAUCGGAUCUAAAAUCCAAGAUAUCAGGGGUGGAGGAGCUGUUGGAGGAAUUCCGCAAGCAGCUCCAGCAGGACCAGACGUACAGGGCGGGCGAUGCGGUUGACUCCUGUGUGGGCGACUUCAACGCCGUCGGGGAGCGCAUCAUCCGGGCCAAGGCCUCCAUCGAGCAAGGGGCCACCUUCCUGCUGGCCCCGGACAGGGUGUACACCUGGAAGGACUGCCUGCACGCCUGCUGCUCCCAGCCUCACUGCACCGUGGCGGUGGUGCAGCAGGACCUGAGGCAGCCCGGGGACAGUCUCAGCUGCUACCUGUUCAACUGCACCUACAGGAGUAAAAAUGUCUGCUCCUUCGCUCCGCAGCAAGGCUUCACCACAUACAGCAUACAUGGUGCCAAUACGACGCAGGGACACCUCCCUGUUUCACCCAGCGGCUCAGCCAGGAGGCCUGGGGAGGGACAUGCUGAGGAGGAGGACACACAAGACGUGGAUGAGCCUCCUCGCAGUGACGCUGGACAGGAUGUGGUGAUCCAGCUGCCCACAGACUGGGCUGUCCUGGAUGGACGGGAUAGUGUGGAUGACCAUGGGAUCAGCCACUAUGAGUGGACUCUGGUCAAAGGAGACACAGCCAUCAAUAUGAAGGCGACUCAUCCAGGGCUGCUGAAGAUCAGUGGUCUCCAGGAGGGAGUCUACUCCUUCCAGAUGACCGUCACAGACACAGCGGGCCAGAAGAGCUCUGACAACGUCUCUGUCACUGUGCUGGCACCGAAACACCAAGCAGAAGUGUGUACAGGUGUCUGCUCAAAGUACCAGUUCAAGUGUGAUGACGGUUGCUGUAUUGACAUCACCUACGCCUGUGAUGGGAAGCAACACUGUUCUGACCGCUCUGAUGAAGACUUCUGCCAAAUCUUUGACAGCAGCAGGAAGUCAGUGACUCACAGCGCUGAUCUGUCAAACUCUCAUCGGCCUGUAGCCCAGACAGAGGAGGCAGAGGAUGGCACCAUGAUCCACACUGCGCCCAGAAAGACCAUUCAGAACAUCGUACCACCUCAGGACAGGAGCAAGGCCGCUUCUCCACAAAGUCCCAGUCAGCAGGAGGCUUCAGUCAGUCAAGAUCCAUGUGCUGCAGCUCCAGUUGUCGGACCCUGUAAAGGCACCUUCCCACGCUGGUACUACGACCAAAAUGCUGGAGAAUGCAAACACUUCCUGUAUGGCGGUUGCCAGGGCAACCAUAACAACUUCCUCCAGGAAUCUGACUGUGUCAGUGAAUGUAUACAAAAAAGUCCAGCUUUCAAACCAGCAACUGUGGCUCCUCCCGUCACCAAACAGACUGAGAUAGCUGCCCCUAAAGUCUCCCAGAGCCAAGCAGAGAGCAACGCCCCCAUCUCCAAACCAUUUCCUGUAAGAGGAGGGCAUCCAGGACCAGAGUCAGGUGCGAUCCUUCCUCUUGCUCUCGGCAUAAUCAUCACCGCUCUGCUGCUGCUCAUGAUUGGCUGUCGUCUCAGACUGGUUCGACACAAGCUGAAGAAAGCUCGUCCCCUCACCACAGAAGAGUCAGAUUACCUCAUCAACGGCAUGUACCUGUAGCCAAUCAGCCAGGGUGGGGCAGCAAAUUCAAGAGCGCUGAGAUCUGAGAAAGAGCAACACGGGUGUUGACGCCAGAGCCUGAGCCAGGACUUGUUGAGUUUGCACUCUUGAUUUGUCCUGACUUCAAGUUGGAAACAUCCCAUCUCUCUGCUGUCAUUGAUGUUUCUGAACAUGCCCAUACUGAACCCCUCUGACUGGUAAAUCCACUGCUGAAAGAUGCUGCCUUCAAAGCCACUGACACUCAUAUUCAGAUGCUUGUGAAUUCAGAUUUAUGUUGUUUUAAGAUUAUCUGAUUGUGAAUCCACGACGGAGGAGUCGACAUUCCUGGUUCGAUACUGAUAAACAGCUGUAUACAUUCCCCACACAUGACUUCUGGGAUACAUACACUACAAGAGACUCUUUUGUCCUCUAAUUAAUAUUAUUCCUUAAACACAGGUUACUUUGAUAUCAUCUAAGUUUUGCCAGUGAUGUAUUUUCCCGACUGCUGCACAAAAACAUGUUGUAUUUCUGCCACUAGGUGGCAUGUUUGUGCUGUACAUUUCACUUAAAUAAAGGGCAGAAAUGUAACACAUCAGUGCGCCUGUCAUGGUGCACUUUUACGACUGAUUAGGAAUCAACAACAAAUUACCAGUAUUCAUAGUUUCUCAGAAGCAUAUAAAGCCAUAGCGAAAUCUAUUGCCCCAAAUCUAUUACUGUCUAAAUUUUGUUGCAUAUUUUUCCUUAUGAAGCAAACUUAUGUGGAGUAUCUAUUAUAUUUGCGCACGUAUUCCCUUAAAGUGCUGUCUUUCAUGUGAGAUAUUAAAGUUUAUUAUAUAUCAAAAUAUACUGGUGCAGUCUGUUGAUAGUUGAAGUGAUUAACAAGAAAUGCAAACUACCUUUUUACAUCUUUAUCACAUAAAUUACCACUGAAGAUAGUGAGGUCAUUAGUUGUUUGUUGUCAAUGUUGUAGGGGGUUAAAUUAUAGGUUUUGUUUUAUUCAAAGCUGAUUGUCAUAUGUCCGUCUUCAGUUUUACUAUUUGUAUAUCCAUUCCGAAAAGAAAAUGUCAAUAAAAUCAUUAAAUGGGGGAAAGAUUAAAAUCAGCAGAACAUUAUCAACAUUUUUUGGUGGCUAGUCAUACAUUUUAAGAGGGGUGGGGCUUAUUAAAUCUAGACUCCUGACCUCAGUAUUUUUUAUAACAACUUGUUUCAGUCCUACCUGCAAGACUUUACAAUAAAUGUACAACAAUCAGAUGAAAUUUUCAAACCACUGACAUAUGGAGUGUAAAACUGAUCAUAUCACAAUGUGGUGCUCUGCUGGGAAACCUUAGGUCCUGGGAUUUAUGCGAAAGCGACUUGCCAUACACCACCCACCCAAACACCUUUGCAGACCAAGUUACCACCUCAUGACAACAGCCCCCCAGCAGGACAAUGCACCAUGCCACACCGCCAGUCGUUUUCAGGAAUGACCCAUGGAUCGUAAUAAAGAGUUCAAGGUGUCUGCCUGACCUCCGAAUUCCCCAGAUCAAAAUCUAAUCAAGCACUCAUUUAGCAUGGCAGUACUACACCUUGGGACUCAAGGGAUCCACCGCUAAUGUCCUGAUGGGUGCAAACAGGACACUCCCAGAUGACCUGUGUCCAUGCCUCAACAGGUCAGAGGCCCUACCAUGGAUCAGACUUGGUUCUGGGGUACCAGUACGUCCCACAAAUGCUUGAUUAUAUUGGGAUCUGGGGAAUUUGGAGGUCAGGCUGACACCUUGAACUCACAUUCCUCUGGCUAUUCCUGAACAGCUGUUUUAGUGUGGCAGGGUGCAUUGUCCUGCUGGGGGGCCACUGCCAUCAGGGAAUGCUGUUGCCAUGAGGGGCAACCCUAAACACUGUUGGGGCAUCCACAGGAAUGUCAGGACCCAAGGUUUCCCAGCAGAACACUGCAUCAUAACAACAUGAUCAAUUUUAUCCUUUUCAUCUAUUAGUGGUUUGAAUGUUGUGGCUGCUACUGUAGGUGUGUAUCUAACAAUGGGCUGCAGCCUGCACACAAAAGAUUCAACAACAAAAGGCAGACAAAAACAUAAGCAUCUCUUUAUUUUCAUGUGCCAUUCCAGAAACUGUGAAAGCCAAGUAUCUUCCAUCACUCCAAAAUAAAAUGUACUUUUUGAUUUCAAGAAAACAGACAUUCAUUUGCUUUAUAUUGUUGGAGUUUAUUUUGGCAAAGCAGUGACUAUCUCACUUAGCAUCAGUCACUAGAAGAGCCUGCGCGAAUUGUUAAUGGAAAAAAAAAACAGCGGCAGAAAGCAACACAUCACCAGGUGUAAAAAGCACAGCCCUGCAUGUGCACGUGUGUCGGUGUUAUUAGUGCUCGGCUCUCUUUGGAGUAUGCUCAGUAUGAUCCAAUGCGCUGCUUAUUCUAUGUGUAGAAUGAUGUAAGAGUGCUGCACAUCGAACGGGAUGUGGGGGUAACAUCAGCCAGUGUGUUGCCUGCGUGUGUGUGUGUGUUCCUAAUACUGCUGGCAGGGGGGAAAAAGCUCAUGUUAGCAGAGAAGUCUACAGUUAGAUGAUCCACACACACACACACGCUGUAGCUAGGUGAAUAAUCUAAAAACUGUCAGGCUUUCCUCGUCAUUGUCCGGCAUUCCUCUUACAUUCAGCUUUGAUGGUGCUGAAAUGUAACACUGUAAAAAUGGCUGAUUGCGAUUCAUAUGGUAAAACCACAAAAAAAACUAAAAUCCAGCAGUUUAAAAUACACAACCAAAAAGA